AUGGACGGUAUCAAGCGCUUGGGGAAGAAGGUGUACCGUAAGGUCACUACCAGAGAUGGCUUCUUUGGCGACUAUGAUUAUGCUUAUUUGUUUGUUCCUGAUUUACCAUUUACGAAUAAGACGCCCAAGACGCAGCCGUUUUUUGGGCUUCACCUGGAGAUGCCUUUAUUUCUAGGGUUUCUUCUUGGUCUCCAGCAUUCGUUAGCUAUGCUUGCAGGUGUGGUGACUCCUCCACUUAUCAUUGCAACAACAGCCAAUCUUUCACCUGCGUAUUCUGAGUAUUUGGUAUCGGCGUCGUUGAUCACUUCUGGGCUUCUAUCGAUCAUCCAGAUCACUCGUUUUCGUUUGUGGAAGACAAACUACUACUUGGGCACCGGUUUGCUUUCGGUUGUGGGUACUUCUUUCUCAACCAUUACUAUCGUGACGAAAUCGUUUCCUAUGAUGUACGAUAGUGGGAUUUGUGAAACUAUUGAUGGUGUCAAACAGCCAUGUAUCACUGGGUAUGGGUAUUUAUUGGCAACGGGCUCGAUCUGUGGCCUUAUCAGUGUUCUUUUAUCUUUCACACCGUCUAAGAUUUUGAAUAAGAUUUUUCCUCCAAUUGUGACUGGCCCUGUGGUUCUCUUAAUUGGUGUUCAUUUGAUUGAAUCUGGAUUCAAGGACUGGGCUGGUGGAUCUGAUUGCGUUGGUGAUACUUGUGGUACAGCUAAACCAUUACCUUGGGGUUCAGCAGAAUUCAUCGGUUUGGGUUUCUUGGUUUAUGUUACUAUCGUUGCAGCUGAAAAGUUUGGUUCGCCAAUUAUGAAAUCGUGUGCUGUGAUUGUGGGCUUGUUGGUUGGAUGUAUUGUCGCUGCUGCUUGUGGCUACUUUUCUAACGAAAACAUCAAUGCAGCUCCAGCCGCCACUUUCAUAUGGGUGCAUACCUUCCCAUUGAAGCUUUACGGGCCUAUAGUGUUGCCCUUCUUGGCGGUAUACAUUGUAUGCGUUAUGGAAGCCAUUGGUGACAUUACAGCUACUUGCGAUGUCUCCAGAUUGGAAGUUGAAGGUGAGCUUUUCGAUUCCAGAAUUCAAGGCGGUGUGCUUGCCGAUGGUAUUAAUGGUAUCCUUGCUGGACUCAUGACAGUCACGCCAAUGUCAGUGUUUGCCCAAAAUAACGGUGUAAUUUCAAUCACAAAAUGUGCUAACAAAACCGUCGGAUACUGGGCAGUUUUUUUCCUUCUAUUAAUGGGAAUUUUCAGCAAAUUCGCUGCAGCCAUUGUAUCGAUUCCCAAGGCAGUUUUGGGCGGCAUGACUUCAUUCCUCUUUACAUCCGUGGCUGUUAGCGGAAUGAAGAUUAUCUGCUCGACCGAAUUCACAAGAAGAGACAGGUUUUUGCUCACUGCGUCUUUGCUCCCUGGCUUUGGAGCAACCCUCGUUCCUGACUGGUUCAGCUACGUGUUUACCUACCUGGGCGACAACAGUGCCUUACAGGGUUUCCUUGAUGCCAUAGUGUUACUUAUGGAAACCGGAUUUGCCUUGACUGGCGUUCUUGGCGUGAUUCUCAACUUAAUUCUCCCACAAAUGCCCGACGAAGUCGAAGAACUCAACGAAGUUGUUCUUGAAACCGUCGGUUCAGCAGACGACGAUGCCUUGGAAACCUACAGAUCCAAGGAAAUCCACACUUACGAGCACCGCGGCAUUGACGAAUCAACCUCCAGCAAAGAAGCAAAUUAG